UUGACGAAGAGAAAGCAGAGUUUCACUUUCCGCCACGAGAAAAUCGGCUAAAACAAUCUCUUUUAUCCUUUGCUUUUACGGUACGAUGUCUUCGUUCUUUAGCCUGUACUCCAUUUCAACUACUUGUCUCGUUAAAUGCAAUGAUGAUAUGGACUAUCAAAAAGGGGAAAGAAAGCAAAUAAACGCCAACACCAUGGAAAACUUGCCCAAAUUAUCCCUUUUUCUUCUCCUUCACCUCCAUCUUCUCUUCGCCGUUUCUUCAUCGUCCACCAUCAUACCUCUAGGCUCAACUCUUCACGCUUCAGAUGCAAACCAAUCCUGGUCGUCUCCCACCUCCACCUUCUCGCUUUCCUUCAUUCCUGUAACUCCCUCUUCUUAUGUUGCUGCCAUCACCUACUCUCUUGGAGUUACAGUAUGGUCGGCUGGUGAUGGCAGCAAUAGCGCUGGAGCCAUUGUUGACUCUGGUGGGACUCUACAUUUGCUUCUCUCCGGAGCCCUCCGCCUAAUUAAUGGCUCCGGCACCAUUAUUUGGGACUCUGGCACUGCUGACCGAGGUGUCUCACAUGCGUCUCUUGACGAUUCAGGCAACUUUCAGCUGCUUAACAAUGAUAGUUUCCCAGUAUGGUCCUCGUUCGAGAAUCCGACUGAUACCCUCGUUCCUUCACAGGAUUUUACUGUUGGUAAGAUUUUGCGUUCUGGUCCUUACUCGCUAUCUCUUAAUAAAUUAGGGGAUCUUACUUUAAAGUGGAAUAAUAGUAUAGAAUACUGGAAUCUAGGAUUCAACUCUUCCAUCAAAGGAAAUUUGACUUCACCUAGAUAUGUAUUGCAGUCUGCUGGAAUUUUGAGAGGCUUCGAUCCUUCGUUUUCUAGUGGAAUGAUUAUGGCUUAUAGUACUGACUACGGUGAAGGGAAUGGUGUGUUCAGAUUUUUGAGGAUGGAUAGUGAUGGUAAUUUGAGGAUUUAUAGCACUACGAAGGAGAGUGGGAAUAUAACCCCGACAUGGGCGGCUGUAACUGACCAGUGUCAGGUUUUUGGAUACUGUGGCAACAUGGGGAUUUGCAGUUACAAAGAUGUGAAUCCCAUUUGUGGAUGCCCAUCCCAGAAUUUUGAGCUCAUUGAUGCAAAUGAUAGUAGAAAAGGAUGCAAGAGGAAAGUGGAGAUUGAGGAUUGUCCAGGGAAUUUCACCAUGUUAGAAUUAGGACAUGCCAAAUUUUUAACUUAUCCGCCAGAGGUUUCCUCUCAGACAUUCAUCGUGGGAAUCGUAGCUUGUAGAAUGAAUUGUCUUGGGAGUGGUUCCUGCAUUGCUUCCACUUCAGUAGCUGAUGGAAGUGGAUCUUGUUACAUGAAAACCCCAGAUUUUGUUAGUGGUUACCAGAAUGCGAUUCUUCCUAGCACCUCAUUCGUGAAAGUUUGUGGGUCAGCGGUUCCAAACGCAUCACCAUACCAAGAUAUUGCAGGGAAAGAUAACAAUUCGAGGUCAUCUGUGUUGAUUGUUGCUGUUGUGGUUUUGGCUAUCCUUUUGGUUUUGGUUGCGUUAUUGAUUGGUUUUUGGUGCUGCUGUUACCCAGGUAGUCCCAAAUUUAGGCAUAUGUCAGCUCAAUAUGUACUUGUUGAUUAUGCAUCUGGUGCACCGGUGAAGUUCUCAUACAAAGAACUGCAACAGUAUACAAAGGGUUUUUCAGAGAGGCUUGGAGCAGGAGGUUUUGGGGCAGUUUACAAAGGGACACUUGCUAAUAGAAUGGUGGUUGCAGUGAAGCAACUAGAGGGAAUUGAGCAGGGUGAGAAACAAUUCAGGAUGGAAGUUGCAACUAUUAGUAGUACACACCAUUUGAAUUUGGUGAGAUUGGUCGGAUUUUGCACUGAUGGGCGUCAUAGGCUUUUAGUGUAUGAAUUCAUGAAAAAUGGUUCACUUGACAAUUUCCUUUUUAUGUUGAAAGACAAGGGGAAAUCGCUGAAUUGGGAAAAUCGAUUUAACAUUGCUCUUGGAACAGCUAAAGGAAUCACUUACCUUCACGAGGAAUGUCGAGAUUGCAUAAUUCACUGUGACAUAAAACCGGAAAACAUUCUUCUAGAUGAAAGUUACACUGCUAAAGUGUCAGAUUUUGGCCUUGCAAAGCUUAUGAAUCCAAAGGAUAAUAGGAACUUGUCCUUAGCAAGUAUUAGAGGGACGAGAGGAUAUUUGGCACCAGAAUGGCUUGCUAAUCACCCAAUAACUUCAAAAUGUGAUGUUUAUAGUUAUGGAAUGGUUUUGUUAGAGAUAGUGAGUGGAACAAGGAAUUUCGAGGUCUCAACAGAAACAGAUGGUAAAAGAUUCUCUUUGUGGGCUUAUGAGGAGUUUGAGAAGGGUAAUAUUGAGGGCAUUGUUGACAAAAGACUAGAAGAAGUUGAUAUUGAGCAAGCGGCAAGGGCAAUUAUGGUGAGCUUUUGGUGCAUCCAGGAGCAACCUUCCCGGAGGCCAAUGAUGGGAAAAGUGGUACAGAUGCUAGAAGGAGUCAUCAAUAUUGAGAGACCAGCAGCGCCAAAAGUGGUUGCUGAAGGGUCCACGAGAGGAACAAGCACAACGGUGAACAGUAAUAUCAGUGCAUUCUCAACAUAUGCAUCUUCAUCAUCCCAAUCCAUAGGAGUUUUGCCUUUCAGACCAGAGAGGGAUAUGGGGAGGGAAUCUUCUUCCCUACUAGGCUUAGAGAGAAAUGACACAGAUCCACACUCGUGAUUUGCCUGCAAAAAGCAGGUUUAAUACAUGGGAGAUUUUAAAUAAUAAAUUAUUAUUGUUUUAGUAGAUUAUUACAAUUAUUUUAGGAGAUUUCAGUGAACUAUCAAAUCAAAUUGUUUUCUAAUUCUGCUUCCUUUAAGCAGGUUGAAGUAGAGUUCCAGAAACUUGCACUUUUGUUUGAGAAUAAAAUUUGACAAAUCAACUGAAGUUUCUGCAA